GUGCCAAAGCAAACUCAUUGAUGGCCUAUGGCGUCAUCCCUCGCGUGGCACCAUUGACAUCGAUGCGCCGGCUUCCUGUCUCAUAUAAGGUUUGCUUUUAUGCAAGCUCGACGUUACCGGAGUACCCAUGUCGCCUGUCUGAGAUGGGAACCACUGAGCCUUUCAUUAAAGGGUUCAUGGCCAGCGAACUUCUCAAUUCCAUCGUUCAUAUCCGCGAUUCACUUUGCCACCGUCGUCGUCAAGAGUUGCAUAGUCUCCCUGCCUGGCCGGUCCAGUUCCUCACCUGCCCUUGCAAGUCAACCUGUACAGGGUCACAUCAAGUCAAUCACGCAGUUGGCCAGUGUUUUGAAAUAUAUCGCAUUAUCGCAGACACGGGUGCUGGGUAGCAUGGUGCGACAGAUGCGACUGUGUGUGUCCGUUUCGGACGGAAUGCGUAAUCUAUAUGCGUGCCUAGAAUGCAUGGAGACAAGUUCUGAACAUUUCCCGUAUGAAGAUCCUGUUGUCAAAGUCGUCCUCAUCGAGGCUGACUCGAAGACACUGAUGGAGGCUGUUAAUGAAGCGAUGAGAGACUGGAAUGCGAACCUUGCAACAACCCACUUCCUCAGUUGGAUCCCUCAUGCAUUCCCGUAUGCUGGCCGUGACUGAUAAGAGGUGAAAUCGAAGCACCGAUGAGGGAGG